AUGGUUCUUGACAUACUAUUUCGAAAUUCUCUCAUAGCAUGGUUGCUGUGUGUGGUCUUCCUUCUCAGCAUUGGCAUAGCGUUUCUUGAAGCAGCAUACCCCGGCAUUUUACCAUGGCCAAUUGCUGACGCUCUCUCUGGUGCCAUCAACAUCUACUUGAAAUGGCUCUAUCCAAUUAAGAGUGUGGAUGGGAGAACAGAUCUCCCAACAUGCUCUUACCGCUGGCCAAACGGACAGGGAGAUGUUGGCAAAUUCCUGGAUGGUAUUGAGAACAGCUCUCUUUGGGAGAAACGACAUGGUCCUGUCUACAGAAUUUGGAGUGGUUUAAAGUCAGAAGUCGUUCUCACUUCUCCGGGUCAGCUACAGGCUGUUUUUCAGGACUCUGAUAAACAUAUAAAAGCUGUCAAUAAUAACUCUGGAUUUCUCAUGGGUGAAUUACUAGGCCAAUGUGUCGGCCUGAUAAGCCCUCCGCACUGGCAAAAAGUGAGGUCAAUCACAGAGGUGCCAUUCCGUCACCAAGCUACUGCAACUAAAGUUUCGGAUAUUUGGCAGUUUGUACGGGAUCAUUUUGAUGUUCUCGAAAAGACGUCCGAUUUGAGUCGUGGUUUGAUUCACCCCGCUCAAGAUAUGAAGAUGCUGCCAUUUUGGGUGGUUUGCUAUUUCUUCUAUGGCAAGCUAUCAACAAACCUCAUCGAAGAAUUAAGAAGUUUAGCUCCAACUCGAGAAGAAUUGAUGAAGCAUGUGAUUCGUGGUGGCAUCUCACGAUUCACUUUGUCGAGAUAUCUUCCCACUCAAGCAAAUAAAGACUUGCUCGUAUUCAAAGGACGUUGGCAGAAAUUUAACCGCGAGGCGGCCAGCUACGCACGUCGCAAUCACCCGAAAGGCGGGGACAUUGUACCUAUUGUUCAAAUGUUCGAAGCUGUUCAACGGGGUGAAAUUUCAGAGGAGCAACUCCUUCAGACAUUAGACGAGGCACUAUAUGCCAAUCUUGAUGUGACGACUGGAGGACUCUCCUGGAACCUGGUAUUCCUAGCAGCUUAUCCCGAUUGUCAACAAAAGCUACGCGAAGAGGUACAAACAAUGGUAGCUGAUGAAGCUAAAUUCGACAAUUACCUUCGCUCUCAGUCUACAUACCUACAGGCAUGUAUCUUGGAAUCCAGUCGCCUCAAACCUUUAGCCGCAUUUUCUGUUCCUCAGUCCGCCCCUACAGCUCGACUUGUAGAUGGCUUCGUUAUCCCUGCUAAUACAAGCUUUGUGGUUGACUCGUACUCUCUAAAUGUCCGCAACGAGUACUGGGCUCCAGACAAUGAGACUUAUCGACCAGAACGGUUCCUGGCUCGGAAAAAUAUAGACUUAAGGUACCUCUUUUGGAGGUUUGGCUUUGGACCUCGCCAGUAA